AUGCUUUCAAGAUACUUGGCUUCUGCCUUGCUGGCUGCUCACGCAGCCCUGGGUGGCGUCAUUGACAAGCGGAAGGGCUCUUUCAAUUGGGGCUCUGACAAGGUUCGCGGCGUCAACAUUGGAGGAUGGCUCGUCCUGGAACCAUGGAUCACCCCCUCCAUAUUUGAACAGUUCGACGCGUCCCAGGGCAUCGUCGAUGAGUUUACCCUGUGUGAGAAGCUCGGGGCGGACAAGGCCCUGGAGGUUCUGCGGCCGCACUGGGACAGCUGGGUCGGCUACGAGGACUUUCAGCGCAUUGCGGAUGCCGGGAUGAACCUGGUCAGAAUCCCAGUCGGAUUCUGGGCCUUCGACACCUUUGGCGCGCCAUACGUGAAAGGUGCCGCGCCCUACAUCGACGCUGCCAUUGACUGGGCCAGAGGUACCGGGCUGAAGAUAAUAAUCGAUCUUCACGGCGCACCGGGCUCGCAGAAUGGUUACGACAACUCCGGGCAGCGCAUGGACUACCCCCAAUGGCUCCAAGGCGACACAGUGGCACAGACGCUUUCCGUCCUUCAUACAAUUGCCGAAAAGUACGGCCAGGCCGAGUACGACGACGUGAUGGCGGGCAUCCAGCUGCUGAAUGAGCCGGCUGGCUACCAACUGGACCUCAACACCAUCAGGCAGUUCAACCGCGACGGCUACGGCAAGGUCCGCGAGGUGGGCGCGAGGACGGUCGUCUUGCAUGACGCCUUCCAGAGUCCGGCCUCCUACAAUGGCUACAUGACGCCGUCGGACAACAACGUGCGCAGCGUCGCGCUCGACCACCACGAGUACCAGGUUUUCGACAACGGCAUGAUCCAGUGGAGUGCGGAGCAGCAUCGCCAGGGCGUGUGUAACAACAAGGGCCGUUGGGAGGGUGCGGACAAGUGGACGUUUGUGGGCGAGUGGACUGGAGCCAUGACUGAUUGCGCAAAGUGGUUGAACGGUUAUGGCCGCGGUGCCCGCUACGAUGGCUCGUAUGACGGUUCUACUUAUGUUGGCGACUGCGGCUUCGCUAGAGACCUCGGCUCGUGGGACCAGCAGCGCAAGGACGACACGCGCUGGUACAUCGAGACACAACUUUCGGCCUUCGAAAAGGUUAACGGCUGGGUAUUCUGGAACUUCAAGACGGAGUCAAGCCCGGAAUGGGAUUGGUCCAAACUGUCGGCCGCUGGUGUGUUCCCGAACCCAGUCACGGACAGGAAAUUCUCCGUCAUCUGUUAA